CGGUUAUAGAGAGAGAGCUCCACACAACCCAAUUUCUCCCAUUUCCGGAAGUUGGCUUUGGCCCACUCUACGCCUAGCACGGUGGGGUCCACGCCCCGACCUUAUCGUACGCCCCUCUAUCAAAUUGUUUAUUGCAAAUUUUCAGUGAUACACUGUACACACCCUGGCGCACGCUAACCUUUUCACGCUAAGAAACACUACCUUACGCACCUCCCAAAAUAUUCCUAAUUUUUUUUGCUCCCUGCUCAAAAACCUAAUCACCCAAAAUUUUGAUCCCAUUUCCAUCUCACUCCCGCGGGAAGAACCUAAUAAAAUUUCCCAUGACGAAAUUGGCGUUCCAGGUUCUUUAUUAUUCUUACUGAUAUCAUUUCAUUUCGGAUUUUUUUUCUGAUUUUGCAUUGGGUUUGUUUUCCUUAGCUCCAUUUGCUAGCAAUUUAGUGAAAGUUCCAAUGGCGCCAAUGUUAUCCCAUUAGUGCGUGAUUCAUUCGUUCUAGGGUUUUUGUAUGUUGAAUGGGAAUGUGUGAUUCUGUGAUUUAACUGUACAAGGAGUUCAACUACAACAUUCUGAAGUAGUUUUGGCUGAGGUUUUGAUGUGUUCAAAGGGUUGGUUUAUGGUUUUGAAUCUGGGUUUGUAAUGAGGGAUGUGGAAGUACCCAGAUGGCUCGAGGGCUUGCCUUUGGCACCCGAGUUCAGGCCAACUGAUACCGAGUUUGCAGACCCGAUUGCUUAUAUCUCAAAAAUUGAGAGAGAAGCUAGUGCUUUUGGUAUCUGUAAAGUGAUUCCACCGUUGCCCAAGCCGUCGAAGAAAUAUGUACUUCAUAACUUGAAUAAGACACUUUCCAAGUGUCCUGAAUUGGUUUCUGAUGUAGAUUUGAGGAAAAUACAUGAUUCUGUCGAGGGAAAUAAUGGUUCAGAGGUCAGGGCAGUUUUUACAACCCGGCAUCAAGAAUUGGGGCAGAGUGGAAAGAGGGCAAAGGGUUCAGUUGGGAGUCAGUCGACAGGAGGGUCGAGGCAAGUAUGGCAAAGCGGGGAGGUUUAUACGUUGGAGCAGUUUGAAGCAAAAUCAAAGACUUUUGCAAAGAGUCAGUUGGGUGCGGUGAAGGAGGUCUCUCCAUUAGUUGUUGAGACAAUGUUUUGGAAAGCUGCUUAUGAGAAGCCUAUAUAUAUAGAGUAUGCAAAUGACGUCCCUGGGUCUGGAUUCGGAGAACCAGAGGGUCCCUUGGGAUAUUUUAAUAGACAAAGAAGGCGCAGGCGGAAGAGGGGGACAUUUGAUAGAAAUAACCAGGGAAUCUCUUGUAGCCAGAAUAACCUUGUGGAUAACAGUAGCAGUGUUGUGAAUAAUAAUAUUGCUGAUAAGGAUGCUGAUGUAAAUAAGCAAUCUGAUAUAGCUACUUCUACAUCUUCAAUGUCAUCAGAUCAGCGUGAAAUCCUUUCUGAAAGAAAAUCUUCAAGUGCUAGAAAUGAGUUGCAUGGAACAGCUGGUUGGCAGCUUGCUAAUAGUUCAUGGAACUUGCAAGUAAUAGCGAGAUCGCCUGGGUCACUAACACGUUACAUGCCAGAUGAUAUACCUGGUGUUACUUCACCAAUGGUUUAUAUUGGGAUGUUGUUCAGCUGGUUUGCUUGGCAUGUUGAAGAUCAUGAACUUCACAGUUUAAAUUUCCUUCAUAUGGGCUCUCCAAAGACAUGGUACUCAGUGCCUGGAGAUUUUGCAUCCUCUUUUGAAGAGGUAAUUCGCGUUCAUGCUUAUGGCGGAAGUACCAGUCAUGUAGAUGCCCUGAGUAUUCUUGGUGAAAAGACUACUCUUGUAUCACCUGAACUAAUUGUUGCUUCAGGCAUCCCAUGUUGUAGGUUAGUCCAGAAUCCUGGUGAAUUUGUCGUGACAUUUCCAAGGGCAUACCAUGUGGGAUUCAGCCACGGUUUUAAUUGUGGAGAAGCUGCAAACUUCAGCACUCCUAAAUGGCUCACGGUUGCCAAAGAAGCUGCAGUACGUAGAGCUGCUAUGAAUUACCUGCCCAUGCUUUCCCAUCAGCAGCUAUUAUAUCUUUUGACAAUGUCAUUUGUGUCAAGAGUUCCAAGAUCCCUACUUCCAGGAGCCAGAAGCUCUCGUCUUAGAGAUCGGCUGAAGGAAGAACGAGAGCUUGCAGUGAAGAAAGCUUUUGUAGAAGAUCUCCUGAAGGAAAACCGUCUCUUGACCACACUUCAGAAGAAUACUUCUUGUCGUGUGGUAUUAUGGGAUCUUGAUCUGCUGACACCCUUGAACAAAGAUUCUGAGUUAUGUAGUCAAAGUGAUAUUGUCCAAGCAACAACAGAAGAAAACAGUUCCCCACACAAGUGCAAAAUAGAAGAUCUCUAUACACAAAUGAGCCUGUGUAUGGAAAUUGGUACUGACUUUUAUGCUGAUGGUGCUGAUUACGUACAAAAUGAUUAUCAAGUUGAUUCUGGGACAUUACCCUGCGUAGCCUGUGGCAUUCUUGGUUUUCCUUUUAUGGCAGUUGUACAACCAUCUGCUCGAGCGUCUAGAGAUCUGUUGCCUGAGACCCAGGGCUUGGUUACACAUUUUGGAAGUUCUCAACCUGUGCAAUCUGAAGCAAGGGUCCAGAGCAUUGGAUCUGAGAGAUCUGCUUUAGAACAUGCAGCUCUUUCUUCUGCAAUCACGCAUGAAAGUAGUUGGAACCUUUCUGAUGGAUUUAUGAGACCACAAUUAUUCUGCCUGGAACAUGCAAUUCAAACUGUCGAAUUAUUGUUCCCCAAAGGUGGGGUCAAUGUUCUUGGCUUAUGCCAUUCAGAUUUUCAGAAAAUUAAAGCACACAGCGCAGUUGUUGCGGAGGAAAUUGGUACCCCUUUUGCUUACAAUGAGAUUCAAUUAGGAACUGCAUUGCAGGAAGAUCUGUAUUUGAUUGAUCAUGCAAUUGACAAUCACAAUAAAGAUGAAUGUGUUAAAGAUUGGUCGUCAGAAUUGAAUCUCAAUAUGCAGCAUCUUGUAAAUAUGAGAAAGAAGUUCCCAUCCCUGAAAGUGAAACAUGCAUUGACUUUAGAUGGAUUGCUUUCUGAUGUGGUUAACUGUGUCAAUGCAUUCAAGUGGCAAUCAAGGAAAUUGCGAUCAAAGAGAAGUUUGUAUCCUUCUCUCCAAAAGAAGCCAUCUGUGAGCAUUCAGAUUGAAAAAGUAGCUAAAGAAGUAGUUAAGAUGGAUGGUGAAAUGGCUUCAAAAUUAAGUCGAGUGACCAUCCAAUACUAUCGAAAAAGAUAUAAGUCUAAGCCUUGUAUCUCUGAAGUUAGUAAAGUGGAUGCCGGUGGGAAGCGUUGUGAAAACCUUUUAGUUGCUCAAGAUGGUGAAUUUCAUGAUAAAAUGCGCAGGGGAAUGUCCAAGAGCGGAGCUGAAGAUUCUUCUCCUGAUGCAAGCCAGGAUGUGAAAUUACCGGACAGCCAUUCUGGUGGUACCACAACAGAGAAACAGAUCGAAACGAAUAGAAAUUGCAAUCCAAUAGUGCAGGACUUCGAACAAUUACUGAACACUCAUGUUCUGGAGAGAGCUGCUGAUGAGAAAGACCCUGUUAAAGAUGGAAGUACUGCUGGUUCACUUUCUGCUCAUGCUAAUGACAACGAAAAUUCUGAGGUCUCGAAGGAGAAAAGUAUUGUCUCUGGAAUUGGCUUGGAAAACAGCAUCUGUGAUCCUGUAGAAACAGGCGAGGCUGGGAGGCAGUUUAAUUUCCCAGCCGAUGGAGAUGUUUGUUCUGAUAACUCUUCUGGGGAAAAGAGAAAUGAAGAUUCAGAGACAAGUGUUGUAGAUAUAUGCAGCAUGAGUGGUGAAUUGGUAAAUGACUCAACUGUCGAUGGUGAAGUGCUGCAAGAAAUCCAGGCAACAGACGGAGAAUCCUCGAAAGUGAUUUCUUCUGAUAGUCGGUUGUCAAGCAAAUGUACACAUGCCUUGGCAGAAGAAGCUGAGAUUCCUGGAGAGCUGCCUAAUAGUAGCAGCCAGGCUUCAGCUUUAUCUGGGAUCAAAGAGUCGGAUGAUUUGGUUUCUACUGAAGCACAAUUCCAACCUGCUGAGAGGAGCAAAAGAAAGAGACUAGAAUUGCAAGUUGAAGAUCCAAGUAGUUUGUUUGGCAGCUUCGUCAAAAGUCCUUGUGAAGGCUUAAGGAAAAGGAACAAAAGAGUGACUCCGGAAUUGCAAGAUGAAGAUCCAAGUAAUUUUGGCAGCUUCAUCAAAAGUCCUUGUGAAGGCUUAAGGCCUAGGACCAAAACUGGUCCGUUGACCAAUGUUAUAGAUAGUAAAAAGCCCCUCGUCGAUAAAAAAGAAGUAAAGAAGGUGAAGCAGCAUUCUGAUGGCAUAGUUCAGAGCAAGGGUCAAAAAGAGCAAAAGAAGGGUUCUCACAAAUGUGAAGUAGAAGGCUGCCGAAUGAGGUUCCAGACCAAGGCAGAGGCAGCCUUACACAUGCGCAAUCGCUGUCCAGUGAAAGGGUGCGGGAAGAAGUUCAGCUCCCACAAAUAUGCUGUGCUCCACGAGCGAGUUCACGAUGAUGACAGGCCACUGAAAUGUCCAUGGAAGGGAUGCGCGAUGACGUUUAAGUGGGCUUGGGCCAGGACUGAACAUAUAAGAGUACAUACAGGGGAGCGACCAUACAAGUGUGAAGUUGAAGGAUGUGGCCUUACUUUUAGAUUUGUAUCAGACAUCAGCAGGCAUAGAAGGAAAACUGGCCAUCAUGUGAAUUAACCAGGAUACUUCAGUUUCUUUCUUUUUUUUCUCCCUGUUCUUUCAUAAACUACCUAGAGUAGAAGUUAGAAAAAUUCUCGAGUCAAAAAGUGGACCUCAAGAAGCCUCUAAAACCAGAAAAAUCUGGUAGGUAGUUCAGUUUCACAGUAGGCUUGAUACUUUUGUUGUUUGUACAUUGUAGCUUAAUGAUUGCUUGUAGUAGCUGCAAAUUCAUUUGAUUCUUCAAGAAAAAGGAAAAUUAAGAAGUUCAUAUUGCUUUUUUUUUGCCCUUUUCUUUUUAUUACAUCUG